AUGGCUUUCUUCUCCUCUUCUUCAUGCUCUAAUCAAACCCAGAAACAAACAUCUUUCUUCAUAUGUAUCAUCUUCUUCACUUUGUUCCAUAACACUGUAGAGUCAGUUUCCUUCAACUUUUCCAGCUUCCAGCAGUCAAACUUGAACAACCAAAUAAAUUUCACGGGUGAUGCUUUUCCCUCAAACGGUGUUCUUCAGCUCACGAAGAACCAACUCGAUGGCCCCAUCACAAGUAGCGUUGGUCGAGCCUCGUAUGAACAACCAGUGAGGAUAUGGGAUAAAAAAACAAACAAUCUCACCGAUUUCAAAACCCAUUUCUCUUUUAUCAUGAAAGCUGUGAACGAGUCAUUUAUUGGUGAUGGCUUAGCCUUCUUCCUUGCACCCUUUGAUUCUUCCAUUCCCAACAAUUCUUCUGGUGGGUUCCUUGGCCUGUUCAGCCCGGAUUCCGCAUUCGACACGAAGAAAAAUCAGAUGGUGGCAGUUGAGUUCGACAGUUUCAAGAAUGAAUGGGAUCCGAGCUCAGACCACGUAGGGAUCAAUGUUAAUUCCAUUCAAUCAGUUGCAAACGUCACUUGGAAGAGCAACAUUAAGAACGGGUCUGUUGCUAAUGCUUGGGUAUGGUACAACUCCACAUCCAAAACUCUAUCUGUCUUCCUUACCUAUGCUAAAAAUCCAACCUUCAAUAGCAGUUCCAGUCUUUCUUACGUUAUUGAUUUGAGGGACGUGUUGCCAGAGUUUGUUAGAAUAGGCUUUUCUGCAGCAACGGGAAAAUCGGUUGAGAUACACAACAUUUUGCUUUGGUCAUUCAGUUCAACCUUGGAUGAGGUUGGUGGGAAAAAGGUAAAGGUUGGCCUAGUGGUUGGUGUAAGUGUUGGUUUGGGUUGUUUAGCUUGUGCUGCAGGUCUAAUAUGGUUUACCUUUUGGAGAAGGAGAAAUAGACUAAGGGGUGGAAACGAGGAGGAAAUUGGUGUAGAUGCCAUAGAUGAUGAGUUUGAGAGAGGAACUGGUCCAAAGAGGUUCACCUACCGGGAACUAAGCAACGCAACGAACAACUUCGCUGAAGAAGGGAAGCUGGGACAAGGAGGGUUUGGAGGAGUUUACAAAGGUUUGAUUGUGAAUUCCAACCUUGAAGUGGCAGUGAAGAGGGUUUCGAAAGGGUCAAAGCAAGGGAAAAAGGAGUACAUAUCAGAAGUGACAGUCAUCAGCCGUCUGAGACACAGAAACCUGGUUCAACUCAUAGGGUGGUGCCAUGAACAAGGUGAGCUCCUUCUUGUAUAUGAAUUCAUGCCAAACGGAAGCCUUGAUUCUCAUCUAUUUGGAAAAAGAGUGAUGCUUUCGUGGGUGGUGAGAUACAAGGUGGCCAUAGGUUUGGCAUCUGCACUUCUUUAUCUUCAUGAAGAGUGGGAACAGUGUGUGGUCCAUAGAGAUAUCAAGUCAAGCAACGUGAUGUUGGAUGGAAAUUUCAAUGCAAAGCUUGGUGACUUUGGUCUUGCAAGGCUGGUAGACCACGAACUGGGUUCACAAACGACUGUUUUGGCUGGAACCAUGGGGUACCUAGCCCCAGAGUGUGUGACAACAGGGAAAUCAAGCAAGGAAUCUGAUGUGUACAGCUUUGGUGUUGUGGCACUUGAGAUCACAUGUGGUAGAAAACCAGUGGAGGUGAAAGAAGAGGCUGGUAAAGUUAGGCUUGUGGAGUGGGUGUGGAACCUCUAUGGAAAAGGGAAAGUACUAGAAGCAGCUGAUGAGAAACUGAAUCGGGAAUUUGAAGAACAGCAAAUGGAAUGUUUGAUGAUUGUGGGGUUGUGGUGCUGUCACCCUGAUCAUACAAUGAGGCCUUCCAUUAGGCAAGUGAUAAGUGUGCUUAACUUUGAAGCCCCUUUGCCAAGUCUUCCAUCCAAGUUGCCAGUGCCAAUGUACUUUGCACCUCCCAUGGAGAUUACUCAAUUCUCCUACUCUUCAUCUGCCGUCACAACCACAACCAAAGAUUCCUCCCCGUACUCCUCAAUUUCUAAUGGCUCCCGAAAGUCUCCCUUGUAGCAAUAAAA